AUGGGCCCAGCUAGCCAUAGCUGCUUUUUCAGCUCCUCUAACGUUGCUUCUUUUCCAUCAAAAGACCAAUUAUUUUCAUCUGCGAUUUUUCCUCCGAUUCCAACGAGUGGUGAGACCCUAUCAUUUAGCGUCGCGAUGGAGAUCGAAGGGGCUAUAAAACAAGGAGAAGAAGUGUUGAAGAUGGUGAUCCUUCUGUACAUGAGGAUUAAAGACAGAAGGUUGAUUUCCGGUAAACUAACUCAUGAUGAUGGUAUAUUAUCUGAGGCAAACUGGCUUCUUGAUUUGAACCUUAUGCCUAAUUCGAAUUCAACAACUCGAGCUAUUGGCUAUAGACAAUCUACGAAUGUUCUACUAAUGUCCAGAGAACAAGGUGGCUGGAGUUAUGCUCAAGUUAUUUAA